UAAACAUUUUCCUCGUUUAACACAUAUUAUUUAAUUUUAAUAUUUUAAUAAUCAUUAAAUGUCAAAAAAUUCAAAAUUUUAUUUAAACAUGUAAUUAUAGGAUACAAUCGGAUGAAAUAUAUAUGGCCACUCACACGGGCACUCAUUUAGAUGCUCCAUGUCAUUUUGCACGUGGUAAGUGGUCGGUGGCCGAUAUUCCUCUUGAGAACUUUGUAGACAGACCGGUGGCCGUUAUCGAUAUAGUGGACCAAUCGGUGGCCACUCGUGACUAUGAGCUGAGCGUUAGCGACAUUAAAGAAUGGGAAAAAAUGAAUGGAGAGAUUGCGGACAAGUCAGUGAUUUUAGUGAAGAGUGGUUGGGGAAGGUUUUGGCCCAAAAAAUUGGAGUAUUUCGGCACUGAAACCAAGGAUAUAUCACUUCUACACUUUCCUGGCGUACAUCCAGACGCCGCCCAAUGGAUAACAGAAAACCGCCAAAUCGUGGGCAUCGGUAUCGACAGCCCCAGUAUAGACAACGGACAGUCCAAACAUUAUAAAUCCCAUCAAAUAUUUGCUGCUAACAAUAUCUAUCAUUUAGAAAAUAUUGCUCAAACCAUUCACAAACUGCCGGCCACUGGGGCUCGACUCACACUAUUGCCCCUUAAGAUAGAGGGUGCGAGCGGUACUUCCGUUACCGUAAUCGCACAAAUCGAUGACAACAACGAUAUAUCGAUUUCAGCCAAAUGUGCACCAAAUUUAUUGCUAGCUUUUAUGCCCUCACUGUUGGCAUCAUUUGUAACAUUAAGAUAUAUUAUCUCUUAAAUUAUCGUAUCCUUUAUGGGAAAACAUUAGAUCUAUUAUUAUUACAGAAG